UCAGUAUAUCGCUCACCUCAGGAACGUUUAACAAUGUUCAAGUAUUGCUUAAUUAUUCUUGCUUUUUGUCAAGUCCAAGGAUAUGCACUUAUGCCAAGUGAUACUCAAACUCUUCCAUUACUACUAAAUAAGCCAAUACGAAAUAAGCCAAAUUGCAGUGAAGUUGCAGAGGAAUUAAGUAAGAAACCAGUGAUUACUAUGAAUGGUCACAACAAUUAUAUUGUGGGCCAGCAAAUAUUUUACUUAUAUGACACGCAGCGAUUAGAAGGAUUAUUACCGAAUAAUACGGAAAAAGUAAAAGAUGGUUACGUGCAUAAAUUUUAUUUGCUCAAAACUACAUGGAAUAAAGCUCGUCAGACUUGUGUCAAGGAAGGAGGUCAUUUGGCCAUUAUUAACUCAACUUCUGAAGAAAAGGUUCUUUUACGUAUGAUGCAAGAGAAAAAUAUAAGUGCAGCUUGGCUCGGUCUUCACGAUCUUUAUGAAGAGGGUGACUGGGUUAGCAUUUUAGAUGAGCCUUUAGAAAAUACAGGUUACACUAGUUGGACAACUAAAUGGCCAAACCAACCCGAUAAUAACGGUGGUAACCAAAAUUGCGCGGCUCUCGUCUCUCCUGAAGGUGGAAUGGACGAUGUGCAGUGUGGUAUUCUCCUUCAUUUCUUCUGCAAACUUCCUGCGUAAAAUUUUGCGAGAAUGUAUCAGCGUUAGAAGUAUUAUCACGUACACGUAUAUAUUUUUGAUGGUAUAUAGAAUAAUAUAUAUGUAUCAAUACAUAUUCGUAUGUAUAAUUAAAUAUUUUUACGUGCUUUUUCUGUAUUUAUAAUCUGAAUUGAAAAUUAGAUUUUUAGGAGUUUUCUCUUCUAAAUAUUGAUAUUCUCUUAAUGUCAAAAUGUUCAGGUAGUAAUAACUGAGACACUUGUUUUUACAUUUACUUCCGUAAAAGCGUCGAAGCUUGAAUCGCUUUGAGAGAAUCCUCUCGCAUGCAUUGUAAAAUGCAUACAUGGAUGUAGAGAAGGAUCAAUUCGAAGCUUGACUGAAAUCCGGGUAUCGUGGCUGCCAGUUCCGGGAUGGUUUGAUGAAAUUCAUUGAAACGGACUCUGUGCUAAUGCGAUGGUGGCGAAUGCUGGUUACCCCGGAAUCAUAUCGCUUUUAGUCGUUCGAUUGAUCUGUUCUUUGGAAACGUAUUCGAUGAUUUGUUAUUUGCGCAAUUCAGUGAUUGCAAAAGGUAUUUAUAACGUAAAUAUUGAACAUUUAUAUAAUAAAAUCCGGGAUCUCUUGCGAGUGUACUUAGACAAUCGAUUCAAGAAUGUUUGCUAAUUAAAGUAAUCUAGCCAAAUGCGUUGGGUUCUUAAAUUCGAUUUGACGGCGCGAUAGAUUUGGAAUUUUGUAG